GUUCCACCUUCAAUGUUCCCAAAUCCAGAUAACAAUGAGUGGUAUUAAGAGAAGUGCUGCUGCUAUGAAAGUGGCCGAAAUAUGGGCCAAAAGGGGCCCGUCGAAAGCUGGUGCAGAAUCCCUGUCUCGGCCUGUCGCAGAGGUAGAUAGUUCUACGGGAACUGACGCCAUCCCAAAUGAGGAGGAGAUGAGCUCAUCGAUGACAAAUACAAGAGACCAGUUGAACGAUCCAACGGUGGUCACUGAUGUGGUAUAUAAAGCAAGUUCUUCUGCUGGCCAUGCCUUUGUGACAGCUGGAGUUGGGAACGGGCUUCCAAGGGCCAGUAAAAUGGAAGUAGCACCUCCCCAAAUACAUACUUACUCCAAUAAGAAAGAGGUCCAUCCUUCCCAUGAGGUUAUUGAAAUUGACUCAGAGAGUGAACUUCCCGAAAAUAUCGCCACCCUGGCUGAAGUUAUAGACAUAACAUCUGGCUCAGAGACCGAAAUUUCCGAUAGAGACCUUUCCGAGACUGAUGCAGACCCAGGAGAUACCGCUGGAUCUCCUAGUCCCAACCCCACCUCCCCGUUCCUCUUGCUUGAAACCCCCACGAUGUCAAACACCCCCGGGGCAAACUUUGACGCAGUCUCUUUCGAAUCCCUUGUCUCUUCCCCAGCCAUUUUCAGAACAUACCAGUUCAAUUAUUGCAUCGAUCUCGACUUUUUCCUCCCGCAUGUAUGCAAAUCUACCGAGGUGGUCUUUAUAACCCAGCAUGAUAUUAGCGACUUACACGCGUACCGGUUAGACGAGGGCUGGAAUGUGCGGCAGUUGCUAGUGACGAACCUUGGACGGUACGGCACGCACCAUCUGAAAGUCAUGGUGAAUUUCUACAACAUGGACGGGAAAGAUUCAGUAGAAAUCGUGAUUAUGACAGCUAACCUCCAGCUUCUCGACAUGGCCGCAUCUCAAUCUGUGUGGCGAAGCGGCCUUUUACCAAAAGCAGAGUCGAGAAAAGAAGCUAGCUCCACAUUCAAGGUGGACUUCCUAAACUACUUGAGACGCUACGGUCUCUCUGAGGUUUUGGAGUUGGCCAAGAACUUGGAAGGGUACGAGUUUUCGUCUAUUGAGGUGGAGUUUUUGGGCUCUGCCCCAGGUGGUUACGACUUAACCAGUGCCGAAACCUACGGAUACGCCAAGCUCUAUAAAUUACUUGAAAAGUACAAUUUAUUUUUUCCUGGGAAAUGUGACGUUGUGUCGCAGGUCUCUUCCAUUGCCUCAGCCGUGGCUUACCGUGCUGGGUCCGUCCAAACGCUCUUCCAGCACCUUCUUUGUCCUUUGAUUAUCAAGGGUAGCGAUUUUCCGCUCCAACCUGGAGCUAAAUCCAUUUUAGAGGACCAGAGAUCUCACAAGUACCGGCCGUCCAUCGUCUAUCCCACUGCUAAAGAUGUUAGUGAAUCUUCCAUUGGGUAUAACUCUGGCCAGUAUUUGCAUUACAACUACCUCACCUCUGCGCCCCAACGAGCCCAGGAUGCACUACUUCGGACCUGUUUUGCUCGCUGGAAAUCAGAAAAGGCAAAUCGGCAGCAGGCGAUAGGUCACUGCAAAUUCUACUUUGUAGCCCAGACGGAGGAGGGACACACCACCCUCCCGUGGUGCUUGAUGACUAGUGCUAAUUUGAGCAAACAGGCCUGGGGGGCUCCGUGUGUUGGCUCCAAAGGGUGGUGGAGGCAAACUCUCCAGGUAGCAAGCUACGAGGCAGGAGUGUUUCUCCCAGGGCCCAUUAUGCCGGUAUUUGGAGCCAACUCCCUCACCAUUAUGGAAAAGCAAAUGGCAGAAAAGCGCUUGGGGGAUGGCUACUCGGUGGUGAGGCUCCCGUUUGAUCUUCCAUUGGAGAAAUACGCGGUCGGAGACGCCCCGUGGAGUUUGCUGGCGAACAGCGGGGUAGUAGAUUCCUUGGGGAGGAGGUACGAUUCCAAAAGAGGGUUGUACAUUGAAUAGGAUUACUUUUCAAACCUCAGGGAUGAGUAGAUCAAGGGAGUGUAGAAAGUAUUUGAAUCCACUUUGUUAACACGUCGGGACCUGGAGUCUUGUCAUUCCUGGGAGUUUACGUGUCGAGAUUAUGGAGUUGGAAUGGGUAAGC